GCUGCCGGGAUUGGGGCGCCGCGGUUCUCGCUUGCCUUGGCGGCGGUUCCUGCGUGCGGCCAGCUCAGCUCCAAGGGACAUGUCUGCUCCGCGAUCGCCGCGCGCCCCGGGCUGCUAAGCUUCUCCGGGACUUCCUGCCCGCGCGGCCCGACACCUGGCCGCGGCCCCGAAGCCCGGCUCCGGCUGUAGCGCGCGCGCGCGUGUGGCUGGCUCUGCGCGCCGCGCGCGGACUGCUGCAGUCAUGGGGCUGCAGCCCCUGGAGUUCAGCGACUGCUACCUCGACAGCCCGUGGUUCAGGGAGAGGAUCCGCGCCCACGAAGCGGAGCUCGAGAGGACCAACAAGUUCAUCAAAGAGCUUAUCAAGGACGGGAAGAACCUCAUCGCAGCGACCAAAAGUCUUUCAGCAGCCCAGCGGAAGUUUGCUCAUUCACUCAGAGACUUUAAAUUUGAGUUUAUUGGUGAUGCAGAGACGGAUGAUGAGCGGUGCAUAGAUGCUUCCUUACGUGAAUUUUCUAAUUUUUUGAAGAACCUGGAAGAACAGAGAGAGAUUAUGGCAUUAAGUGUAACUGAAACCCUGAUUAAGCCCUUGGAAAAAUUCAGAAAAGAACAACUUGGAGCUGUAAAGGAAGAAAAAAAGAAGUUUGACAAAGAGACAGAAAAGAACUAUAGCCUAAUUGAUAAACAUUUGAAUUUAUCAGCAAAAAAGAAAGAUUCACAUUUACAAGAGGCAGAUAUCCAAGUGGAACAAAACCGGCAACACUUUUAUGAACUGUCUCUUGAAUAUGUAUGUAAGCUUCAGGAAAUCCAAGAAAGGAAGAAGUUUGAAUUUGUGGAACCUAUGCUGUCAUUUUUUCAGGGAAUGUUUACUUUCUAUCAUCAAGGUCAUGAACUUGCCAAAGACUUCAAUCACUACAAAAUGGAACUACAGAUCAACAUUCAGAAUACACGAAAUCGUUUUGAAGGAACGAGGUCAGAAGUGGAAGAGCUUAUGAACAAAAUCAGACAGAAUCCCAAGGACCACAAACGAGCAAGUCAGUUUACGGCAGAAGGCUACCUGUAUAUACAGGAAAAAAGGCCUGCUCCAUUUGGUUCCAGUUGGGUCAAACACUACUGCAUGUAUCGGAAAGCAGCCAAGAAGUUCAACAUAAUCCCAUUUGAACACAGAUCUGGGGGGAAACUUGGGGAUGGAGAGGUGUUCUUUUUGAAAGAAUGUACCAAAAGGCAUACUGACUCCAUUGACAGAAGGUUUUGUUUUGAUGUAGAAGCUGCUGACCGGCCUGGUGUUUCCUUGACCAUGCAGGCGUUUUCAGAAGAGGAAAGGAAACAGUGGUUGGAAGCUCUGGGUGGAAAAGAAGCUCUGUUCCAUAGUUUUAAUAGAGCCAUCGUCCCAAGACCAGAAGGAAGCGCGCAGUUGGAUAAGAUGGGAUUCACAAUUCUCAGAAAAUGCAUCAGUGCAGUUGAAACACGAGGUAUAAAUGACCAAGGAUUGUACAGAGUUGUGGGGGUGAGUUCAAAGGUCCAGAGACUUCUGAGUAUGUUGAUGGAUGUAAAAACAUGUAAUGAGGUGGACCUGGAGAAUUCUAUAGAUUGGGAAGUGAAGACAAUCACAAGUGCCCUAAAACAGUAUUUGAGGAGUCUUCCGGAACCUCUUAUGACCUAUGAGUUACAUGGAGAUUUCAUUGUUCCAGCCAAAAGUGGCAGCCCAGAAUCUCGUGUAAAUGCUAUCCAUUUCUUGGUACACAAACUGCCGGAGAAAAAUAAAGAAAUGUUGGAUAUUUUGGUGAAACACUUAACAAAUGUUUCAAAUCACUCCAAGCAGAACCUAAUGACCGUGGCAAAUUUAGGAGUCGUGUUUGGACCAACUCUGAUGAGGCCACAGGAAGAGACUGUUGCUGCCAUCAUGGAUUUGAAGUUUCAGAACAUUGUUGUGGAAAUUUUAAUUGAAAACCAUGAAAAGAUUUUUAGGACCCUGCCUGAUGCCACAUUCCCUGAGCCAAUCUCCCUGUCAGCAUCACCCCCAAAUGCUCCACCAAGGCAAUCGAAGAGACAAGGCCAGAGGACUAAGAGACCUGUGGCUGUAUAUAAUCUCUGUCUUGAGCUGGAAGAUGGUGACAGUCCUAACCCUCCUAAGGAGGACACCCCUCCUAGCAGUCUAGACUCACUCCCCUCCCCAUCUCCCAUGACUGUAGCCAUCCCCGGGCUUCCUGGACCAGACAAAAACCACCUUCUCGCAGAUGGGGGCAGCUUUGGGGACUGGACAUCCACUGCCCCAAGCCAGCCCCGAUCAUCUAUGGUCCAGUGGCUUAACCCGCAGUCUCUGACCACAUCAAGCUGCAACCCAGCUGUUACACCUCCUUCACCCAAGUCAUCGUCUUUCCCCCUCUCUCCUCCUGCCACCAUAGCGGACAAGCCACCUGAAAGCAUUAUCAAUCGGAAGGCUCGAGCGGUGUAUCCAUGUGAAGCAGAACACAGCUCAGAAUUAUCUUUUGAAAUAGGAGCAAUUUUUGAGGAUGUGCAAACCUCGAGGGAACCUGGCUGGCUCGAAGGGACUCUGAACGGCAAGAGGGGGCUGAUUCCACAGAAUUACGUCAAGCUGCUGUAGCGCCUGGCCCUGGAGGGCCCCAUGUGGACCCUGGCACCCAAGGACCUGCCGGGGGUGGCAAACUGCCUUCCUCCUCCUGGGCAGAACCCACAGCCACCUGGACACACAGGAACUACAGAUCACGAUUGGCACUCCAGGGGUGGGGAGGGGAGACAUCCUGCUAGAGUUGGGGGGAGAGGGGACGGACGACCGCACAGAACUGUGCAGAUCUGUGGAGCGGGAGAAGAAUGUCAGGAUUAACAGAAUGGACUUUUCAUUGGUCAAGCCUCGGGACUUGUGAUUUUUAAUUAUCCAGCCUAUGGAAUGAGAGGGAGGCCAGCCUUCUGCCGGCCCAACCUCCCCCACCUGACACCGGCCACCUCCUUCGCACCUGCUGCUGAGAUUUGAAAGGGAACUGUACUUAUUGCAGUGUUGUUUGCAGGAUGCGCUCUUGGCUCUGGUGGACGUGGUGUGGAGGCGGCUGCUGCUGGCGAGCAGGGGAAUUGGUCUGAACCCAGAGGGCAGCAGAGAGAUGCUCCUUCCUAGACGGCCCCCCUGGGUCCCCACGUUCACUCUACUUAGACCCACCGGUAUUUAUAACAGGCUUAUCGGUGCUUCUCACUUGUGUGCUGUUUUCCAAACACUGCCUUUUGGCCCCAAGUUCUCUGUAAAUGAAAUAAAAUGUAAUUUAC